AUGGCCGCGGGGGCUCCUACGCAGCAGAAUAAAUUCAUUAAUCGGGCGAGUGGGACAGUUUACUUGUGCUCGUUUGGGCAGUGGGUCGUGGAACCCAUGGGAUACUAUGUUGGGCAGGUGCCGAGGGCGGCUGCGGGGCCACAAGUCGCCGGUGGUGUCUGGUUUGGUGCAAGGGUGCAGGAGUGGUGCAGCGUGGCAGGGUGCCUGGUGCUAGAAGCACACCUCGUCAUCCCCCAGACUAGUCAGGUUCAUAUAGUAAAGGAGACGUUGAAGGACGGAUUGAGCAAGACGACACACGACCAGGUGGCGUCAGGGCGGAGAGAACCUCGGGAGUGUAACCCUCCCGUUGUUCUGCGUGCUCAUCAUCAUGUUUCGACGCACCACAAGCACCCCCCGCAUCCGCGUGUUUCCUGCCUCAACACCAAGGCCUACUCGUCGUCUUCUCAGCCCCCAAGAGACUCGCCUGGAACCAUUGCUGUGACGUUUGGAGCCUUGAUCGCCGGAGCCUACGGUUUCUAUUUCCUCAGUCAGUCCGGGCCAUUGCACAGCGUGCCGUCCCUCGUCGAGCCUGCAGAUGAGGACCACAUUCCCGUCAGGUCCCCUGUCGAGGUGCACAGUCUCAAAGCGGCAGACGCCAAAACUCGACAACAGGCAACCAGCUUCACCUUUGGCGGAAACAACGGCAACGGAAGAAUCGACGUCGUUCGUGUAGCCAGCAAUAACCCCGUCGAGGAUGAAUGGGCCGUGGCUGUCGGGAAGGGGGUUGGAGGCAGCAAAACAUUGUAUGCUGGUGUAUAUGACGGUCACGCUAACCUCGAUGCUCGCACCAUGAACGAGGCCAAGUAUGCUGCUGAAGGAGCCGCAACCGCGGAGCCGGGUUCCGCCGCUGUCCUCGCCGCCAUUGCUCCCGCCGUGUCGGGAUCCUGUGCUCUGCUGUCCAUGUACGACCCGACCUCUUCAAUAGUCAGAACUGCUGUGACUGGCGACUCUCGAGCCGUACUCGGAUCUUGGUCUGAUGAGGCUGGCAGUUACAGCGCUGUAGCUCUCAGCAAGGAUCAAACCGGCUUUAACCAGGACGAGGUGAGGCGUCUCGACAAGGCUCACCCCGGUGAGAUUGGGGACAUGAUCGAUCCCAAAACCGGACAUCUGUUGGGCAUUGCCAUAACUCGAGGAUUUGGGGAUCAUCGCUGGCCAAAGACGCCGUGGCGUCACUCCAGGGGAGCUUCUACGGCUUCGCCGGUCGCCCCAAAAUGCGUCUCAAGAUGGUUAGCUGCUCAAAAAGCUGGCAAGCCCGAGACCAUUAUCGACGCCAGGACGGUUCCGACGGUUGGAGAGGACGAAUGGCCAUCUUACAAAGCGACUCCCGAGUUCUUUGCAAUUGAGGAUCUUGACAAUGCGGCCGUCCGCCUUGUGAAGAAAUGCAUUGGGCGGCAACCGCCACACUCUGUUUUGUGGUUCCGUGACCGCUUACAGCCCCGUCAGCCGAUACAUCCGAGAUGA